AUGAGUGGCAUAUUUAAUUGGUCGCUGGAUGUGUUUGCCGAUAUUUAUAACACCCUCAAGUUUGAGUCCAAUAUAGAUUUGGAUACAAUCGACUUCACCAGCAUCAAGAAUGAUCUUGCAAAUGUUUUGAUUACACCAGUCCCUCUGGAUCAAUCACGUAGCAAACUUGGAGACGCAUCAAAACCAGUGGCGUUGCCCAGUGGAGAUGAGGUGAAAUUGAAUCAAGCAUCAAUUGAAAUUACUGGAGUUUUAUCAAAUGAAUUGGAUUUAGAUGAACUAAAUACAGCAGAGUUGUUAUAUAACGCAAGUGACUUGAGCUACAAGAAGGGAACGUCCAUUGGCGAUAGUGCUCGAUUGGCUUAUUAUUUAAGAGCUCAUUAUAUACUAAACAUUGUUGGAUACUUAGUUUCGCAUAAACGUUUAGAUAUCAUCACUAACAACAACCAAGUGUUGUUUGACAAUAUUUUGAAAAGUUUCAGCAAGAUUUAUACUUUGAGUGGUAAAUUAAAUGACAUGAUUGACAAGCAAAAAGUUACCGGCGACAUCAACAAUCUUGCAUUUAUCAAUUGUAUCAAUUAUUCCAGAAGUCAGUUGUUUAAUGCACACGAGUUAUUGGGACAAGUUGUAUUUGGAUUAGCGGAUAAUUAUUAUGAGAGUUAUGGCACACUAAACAACUAUAAAUCCUUAGUGGAGUUUAUACUGAAAAAUAUCAGCGAUGAAGAUGUUUUUGUUAUCCAUUUUUUACCAUCCACUUUACAAUUGUUCAAGAAAUUACUUCAACUAGGUGAGGAAUCUUUAGUCGAUCAGUUUUACAAGACUAUAACCUCUUCCAUACUAAAAGAUUAUGAAGCCAACAAUUUUUCCAAAAGUGAAGAUAUUGACUUGUCAAAAUCAAAAUUGUCUGGCUUUGAAAUAGUCACAAGCUUUAUUUUUCUAACUGAGUUUAUUCCAUGGUGCAAGCAGCUGUCAAGUAGAACCGCGAAAUACGAUUUCAAAGAUGAUAUAUUAAAGUAUAUGGAAUUCUUGAUAAGUUAUGGAGUUAUGGAACGAUUAUUAUCGUACUGUUCUGAAACCGCCAAUGCAAAAACUCAGCAAGUGUACGACUGGUCAAACAUGUACGAUUUCAGAGCAUUGCUUCAAAAGAAUUUCCCACGACUUACACCAGCAAAAUUUCAUUAUCCUGGCAAUCAAGAAUUGUUGAAUGCAGUUAGACCGGGAUAUGAAAAUGUAUCCAAAUUGAUUGACAUUUCCUUUUUGACGUUAGAUCCAUCGCUUAAUGAGACGUUGGUUUCACCUUUUUUCCAGAGCUUUUUCAGUGUGUUUAUAUCUAAUGCGGCAGUUGUUAUGACCUCUUUAAGGGACUCAGAGGAAGAUUUUGUUUUAUCGUCGUUGAAUGAAAGUGACGAAGAGGAAGAAGAAGAAGAAAGCGACAGCGACGAAGAUUCUUCGACCCCAAAAAACAAAGAAAAAUCAACUGGGUUAGACCUUGACAAGAUUGCCCAGCGCGCUGAAUUAGAAAGGUUCUACUUGGCUUUCGCGUACACCUACAACAAUAGACCUGAAUUGUGUGCGUUAUUUUGGGGGAACGAGCAGGUAACUCAUGACAUUAUAGGAUUUAUUUCCUGGGGACUUGCUAAUAAUACGUCUCCGUUGAUCACUGCAACAUUCUGCUUACUAUUAGGGUCGUUGGCAUCUGCUGGUGCAGAGGCAACUUCAAGGAUAUGGGAGAUUCUUGUACACAACAAUAACAACGCAAGUACGAGAAAAAAUGAUUUUUCAAAGAUAUCCGUUGACUCCCUUUAUGAUUCGUUGAAAUAUUACAUUGACUCUUUAAAUGAAAGCUUUGAACAAGAUUUAAAUGCCCAAUUGAUGUUGAAUCAGAAGAAACAAGAUUUUCUCUUCAGCACCACAACAAGCAAACAGGACCUUGAUGAUUCUGGCGAGAAUAGAAUUGUUAUAGAGUUGGCCGAGGAUUCACUUGUCUUCAUUUCAGGGUUUAUUCAAUUACUUUCUGCAAUUGUGAAGAAUUUGAACACUAAGAAUGAAAGAAGCAAAGAAAUCAAAUCCGUGGUAUACACUAGAUUCUCACCAAUCAUUAAAGGGUUUUUAAAAUUCGAUAAUUUGAUCAAUGGUAGCAGGUUCCUUCAAGUUGAUGCUAGCAUUCAAAGCACAAACAACCCCAAAUUUAUUGAUUUGCCAAAUGUUUUCGUCAGUGAUGACUCGAGAAUUAUAUUGACGAACCUCAUUCUAACCUUUUUAGGCGAUUUUGUUACCAACGAUAGUGAUCCGUAUAUUAGAUAUGAGAUUUGGCGUUUAGUCGAUCGAUGGAUGUACCAGGGGUUGCAUAGUUUGCCAGAAGAUAAGAAAGAUGAUGCUUUUAGACAUAUUAAGAGAAAGUAUAUCAGUAAGAAAAAUGUCCCCAUCAAUCAAGCAUUUUCAACAAACCUAACUCAUCUUAGUCAGAUUGGGAAUUUCACUGUCUUGGUGAAAAAAUUGUUAACCCCAUACGCAGAUAGUAAUGAAGCAUUCACCAAGUACUCGUUGUUGUAUCCUUGUGAUUUAGGAUCAGGGUAUAGAUUCAACAACCAACUUGGAAUUUGGCCAUACAUUGAAUUUUUAAUGCAAAAUGUGUUUGCAAACUCUGCUACUAUUGCUAAUAAACGAGAUAGGGUCAACUUGCAACUUAAUUUGCUAGAAUUAUUUAGCAAUGCAUUACAGGAAGUUGACUGGAAGUUUCUUAUUGAUGUGGCACCGAAAAUUAUUCGUGACUUGAAAAAUUUUAAUGGGAUAUUUGACUCGCUUAUUCCUGGUGUUCAAUUGGACUUUGAAGUGUUUGUCAAAUUGCAUCAUUCAGUUGCUGUGAUUAACUAUCUAUUUGAAAACAAGACAUUUUCUGCUUUGUUUAAGCUUGUUAAUAUUGGAGUUGAUUCUGUGAAUGAAUCAGGUGAAUCGGCUGCAUUAGUGUCACAUGCCCUUGGGUUGAUUAAUUCUUUGUUGAGAGUUCAAAAUUCUUUUAUAAACAAGUUGUUACCAAUAUUGCGAAACAAAGAUACGCAGCAACAAUUACAUUGUGGGACAGCCAUUGGGAUUGGUACUUCUAUGAGUCUUUCGUUAGCAACCCCUAGAACCAUAUUUGAUUGUAUAUACUAUCCAAAGAACUUGGGAACACAUGGUGUUGCUGAUUUCUACGAAGUGAUAUUGUUCCACUUAUCUGCAGUUGUCCAAUUUGCCCUUUAUGUCAGUUGUGAAAAUACUAUUUCCAACAAAGCAAUUUCCAUAUUGAAAGGAGUAAGCCAAUCGAAAUUUUUUGUUACCAGAGUUUCAAGCUCUGCUGAUCCCUUACUCAACAACGAUAGAUUGAUUACCACAUUUGAAAACAUCGACGAGUCAAUAAAAAUCAAGUUUGCUUUCAUUGACAAGUUUGAAGAACUCGAGGACUCUUUGAAUAUGAAAUAUGAGAUAUUGGAUUUUGUUUUGGGCAAUCUCAAUCAAUUUGAUGGCAAAGUGGCUACUACUGCCCACUUUUUGUUGGGAUACAAAGUGAAAGGCGAUACAUUAGACUUGGUACAGACAAACGAUCAAAACACAUUACUAAAAUCUUUCUUAAAUACAUUGAGCAUUAGUCUUGAUUUAAUUUCUGAAAUUGAUUACAAUAAUGGUAAUAACCAUAUUAUUGAUGUUGGUCCAGCCAAGCUUUCGUCGUUGAUUUUACAGAUUCUUAUCAAGUUGUGCCAAGAUCCAAUUUCGUCGUCAAUAACAUUGAAUCAAUUACGUGAAUAUGAAGAAUUGUUUGAAAAAUUGGUUAACUGUCAACCUAAACUUGAUUUGAAUACCGUUUGGUGUGGUAACCAGUUUGAUGGGGAUUUGCAGAUUGAUGCUAGCAAUGUAUUUGUUGACAACCAAGCAAGCACCCAGGCUUUCUUUUCCUUUAUUAACCAGAGAAACUUAAUUUUGCAGUAUUUGUCAUUGGAAUUCCAUAGUGUCAAAUCAAGAACUAAGCGGGAGUAUUAUUCUAAAGUGUUGACCAACGACAAGGAAUUUGUUAAUCGUACACCUAAGGUGUUGACAUUUUUAAACAUUCUAAAUUAUUCAUUCAAGAACUUUGAAGUGCAGAAAUACGAAUGGCUUGACCAAAAAUUUAACAUGUCGUUGUUAUUGGCAGAAGUAAACGCUCAAAAGAAUGGUACAUUAGAUUUUUCUGUUUUAACAAAGGUUUUCCGUCUUUUGUGCCAAACGUCAAACUUAAUAACACCCGAGUCAAAGCAAUUGUUUGCCGAAGAAAUUAUGGUUGAAGGAAGUAAGAUUUCUGACUUUGUCACAAAGUACCUGGUGUCGACCGACUUGAAGGAUGUGCAGUUGAAAUGCUUACAUUCAUGGUGUCAAUUGAUAGAGAUUUUGGUUACUGACAGUGGAAUCAAUUCGCUGAAUUUCAUCUUGGAAGUGUUGCAAGUUAUUAUUCCCAAAAUCAAUGACUAUUUUGAUGUGGACAUACUGUUUUCUGAAGAAAUGGUUUCAUUAUGUGUUUUAUUGUUUGAUCUUUAUGAUCAGCUGACUCUUGCGGACAGAAAAGGUGAAGAUUUUGCACUUGGAAUUGAGAGAUUGAUCCCCUUAUUUCAGACUUGUAUUGCAGGUAUUCUUAAUUCUAACUCAACACCCAGCUUACGCUCAGACUUGUAUGUAGUUGGCAACAAGUUUUUGUUAAAAUGUUUUGAGAGAGAGUCGUUUUUGAAACAAGUGAUGCAUAUCAUCAAGUCGGUAGAUAAAAAGUUUUUCCAGGUGAUUUGUAAUGACGCUAUCUACUCAGAGGGUCCAUCUAGAAUCACUUCUACUUUAUUCCUCGAGUCAUUAGUUCACUUAGGGACUUUGGUCAAGGUUGAUUUUAUUUUGAAUGCGUUGAUCAAAAAUAACGCAUUGCUGUUGCUAGUCAGGUCAGUUAAGCGGACUGAUGCCAUGAUCAAAUUGUGCCAGGAAAAAAAUUCAGGAGUGACUUUAGAUCAUUUCAUAUUUGACUUGAUGGCAUUCAAAGCAACGCUAUAUUUUUUUGUUAGAGUGGCCAAAUCGAAAAACGGGGCAUUGCAGUUGAUUCAAAAUGAAUUGUUUUCAAUUUUGCAUCAGUCGAAGUUUUUGCAGAUUGAUCCAGAUAUUGGUUUAAGUUUACGAAUUGAAGAAGUUCAAGAUCACAAGACUGUCAAUGUAAAUGUUUUGCUAGAUACUCCACUUUCGAUAACUGACUUGGUGGAUCCAUACAAGUUGCGAAGUGAAAACACUAUAUCAUAUUUUGAGUUCCUUGUACCAAUAUUUCAGCUACUUACAACAGUGUUAUUGUCAAUGGGACCAAAUUAUCAACCUGCAAUUAUUCAAACUAGAGAACUUAUGAAGAGUGUAAAUCGAUUGGUGGUAGGUGUUAUGAAAAGAGAUUUCUUGGUAGAGACCAAACAAAUUGGUCAAGGGUUGUACAAGGAAGAGAGUCACGAGUUGGUAUCGUUGAAAGAAUUGGUGAAGUUGUUUAUUUUGAUUGAUUCAUUAGCUCAUUAUAGUGUGUAG